AGAACCUGACAGGUAAAUAGGCAAGUUGAUCCGCGUAUUCGUGGUCUUCGUGUCUGCGUGUUCUCUAUUGCCCCCACCGGUCUUGCUGAAUCGAAUUCAAACCUAAGUCGUAAAACAAGCUCGACGAAGCUUCUGCAAUAGAUACCACCGAAUCAUCUUAGAGUUGUGAAAAAGCAAAUUACAAAAAGACAGAGAAAACAACAAACGCGGAUAAUAAGUUUGAGCUCUUCAUCCCCUUCCUCAUCUCCAAACUAUAACUCAACCCAUCUUGAGAUUGAGUUCUUGCAAUUUCCAAGAAAAAUGGGCACUGCACGUGCACGACAAGCAUCGGGUUGCGGUCGCUUUCCUCUGCGGGCGCUCUCUUACCUUUCGGCUGUAGCCACUUAUCCCGGAAAAUGAAACUGCAUCAGAGGGAUACUUGUGUCGAAGAUACGGCGACAAAUCGCAGGCAAUAGAAUCUUUGCAGGAAAGUAGGCAGCGUAGGUAGCAGUGUGUGGCUAAGUUGCAUAAGCCUUAGCGGUCGUGGCUGAUAAUCCAUGGUGUCUGUGCAAUGGAAUCGCAAAUUCAAAUUGAUAAUACUUUUGUGUGUUUUUGAUUUUUAUUGUGUCGAAAUGAAACGCUGACGACGACGGGUCGGCAAGCCCCACUGAUGCAGCUUUUGCGUGCGAUGGCGCCAAUGGGCUGUUGUGCCGCCUCUUUUGCCAGCUGCCAGGUGGUAUCUUAACUUCAACGUUUCGAUUUGUGUAUGGGCGUCGUGAAGCGGUGUUUAUCCGACCAAAAAGUGUGAAUGGCAAGGGUUGAACGUUUUUGCGUAAUGUUGCAUUCGUGGCCUUGAUGAUGCACGUUGUUCGGGCCACUGUUUCUUCAUCUUCGCAUAUAAUGAAUAAUGCGUUCAGAUACUCCACGCAUUAUUUAUAUUUUUGCAGAAAAUCAUGUUGCGUGACAGAAACAGAAUGUUUUAGGAACUGAACGAUUUUUGCACAAGACACUUGCAUAUAAGUAAGAGCCGAUGAAAUACGCAUCUUGUUCUGGACCUGGAGUAGUACUUUUUGGCUGGAUCAGACCAGAAUCGCUCAGCAAGGAGAAAACGAAAACGGGGGAAAGUAAGAAAAAGGAAGCCCAAGCCCACAAAGUACAGGAAGAGAAAAAAGUGCUUCACUCCGCCGAACGACAACGACGUGACACGGCCGUUGGCGAAAGCGACCAAAAAGUAUCGAGACAAAAGCCUCAGUCAAGUCAAACUGUGUGUGCGCAUUUCUGUCAUGUCGUUGGAGAUGAGCGUCGUGAUCCACCAUACGACUUGUUCGGUACCUCGCAACAAUGACAUAAUAAAUUGCGAUGCAUCGAUAAGUGCAUCGUACUAGAAAAGGAUACAAAGUGCUGGUAAUUCGAGGGUCACCAGGUUUUUUUUCCUUCAAUCGUGCUGCCGUUAGACAUGACUUAUGGUCUCACAAGGAUACGAUCACCAAUGGUCGGAAGCCGAUUUCACUCUUGGUCGUGUCGGCAAAGCCUGGGCCGCAGCGAAAGAGAUAUGGAGUUGGGGAAAGAAAAAGGUCACGGAGAAAGUCCAAGAAUUUUCUGUAGUUGCUCGGAGAAUUCAGAAUGGAAAAUGCAAGUGCAAGAAAAAUCCGAUGAAAAAUCCGUAUCACGAAAUUGCGCUUUCGGGGGAAAAGCAAAGGUACACCAGCGAAGUCCGGGAAGAUCGCAGUGUAUCCAGACAACGAGGCCCUGAGUGAAGCAAAUGCAAAGUUUGCCUGAGCUGCAGAUGUGCAUGAAGACUCCUAAAUGUCGACGACGGGCACGGUACUUAUCUGAUACCGUGCCCGUGGUCGACAUUUAGGAAUCAUAUGCUAUCAUGGGUGCCUUUAUAAGACUUCUCAGAAGAUCGGCUUGCUAGUACUGUCGGCCUUGAUAUUAUUGCGCCGGAAUUGUGGUAUGCGAAGGAGUAUGACUAUGAGUUGUAUUUCUGACGGGGAAGAAUUCCUACUCAGCUGCGAUUUAUACGACGAUUACAAGAGAUGAGACGCAAAGGGGGUGGAGUCAGUCGCGACAUAAUCUAACGCAUAAAUAAGCUGAACAGAUACAGAUUGCGUUCGUCGUCAAGCUCUGGCAUGAUGCCGCGCAAGUGUCCACUUUCAGUUUCACUCCACUCAGGGCUUUGCCGGAAUAAGGGGGGCUGUCGCAGCCACCCAAGCUGUACCUCGGCGUGAUGCCGCAGACUGAUAAAGUGUCGUACGAAAUUGGGCGUUCUGUGUUGCCCGUUUGUCGUCCCAUGUGGCGACAGUUGAUCAGACCGGAAGCUUCCUCGGGAAAGGAAAUCAGUGCCGUUGUUUCUUUCAGCAAUGUGCAGACUGAAACGCCCCACACGCCGUGGGCUAGACUGUACAAGGACAGGAAUCUGUUACUGCAAGAGUCGCGUUGGAGUUGGCCGGGGUGGAAAUCGUCCAGUCCUGCUCCGGAAAAAUUGUGCAACGAACAAAAAACUCCCGCGGGUUUGAAGGUUGUCACGUAUGACGACGAUUUCUUGGAGGCGCAACACGACGAGAAAUUAGACAAGGACCAUCAGUGCUACGACGUAGACGAGAAAUUAGACGAGAAAUUAGACGAGGACAUCGUAGACACGGGCGGCGAGAUGAAAGUGAAGAUUUCACACAAGCAGUUCUGUAUCAGAGAAUACGGAAUGGAAAGGCGCAGCGCAACAUUUUCCAGUAGGGGCUCUAUCUACACAAGGCUCGAUGUUUGGCUUUUUGCACUUUGAUUUGGGGGGCAUGAGGCAGAGAAGUACCGUAGGCAGCUCAUGAAAAUUGAAUGAUAAUGGACGCGUCUUACGGUUACGACAGAUGCUCGAAGCAAGCAUGAACAGGGCUACAACUUACAUUGACGUUGCAGUAUUGUAGCUAACGACGCUCGUCAAUACACUAAGCAUAAAGUAGGAGCCCUUGUGUCUGGUAUCGAUGUUGUUCAGUGUGGCUCUGUGUUGAUCCAAAAUCGAAAUACCGAGAAACAGCAAGUGUACACUACAGCCACACAGACUCAGCCUCGCUGGUGUUGCCUUGGUGCGAUAGCGUCGCUUGGAAUGGUGUUUGUGCAGUCUUUCCUGUGUAUACCUUCCACAAACCUCUUCCGCCCUUGAUGCUGGACGCAGCGGCGGACCAGAUCUACGCGUUUUUGAAGCAAGGGAAGAAUACCUAUGUACAUUGCAAGGCUGGGAUGGCCCGUUCGGGCAUGGCUGUGAUCGCUUUUUUGCUGAAGUACGGCAGUGUGACGGACAAGUCGUCAGAAGUACCUCGAAAGCCAACUGUUUCGGAGGCGAUCGCAUACGUGACGGCGAUGCGACCGAUAUGGAACCGAUGAAAACUGCUGGAGUCAAUAGAGUAACCACAGUGCCACCUCGCUCACGCAGCGAGUAGUAGCCACAGUAGUAGAAGUGCAAGCGUUUGUCUUUUUACUCUGUCAUGAAACAGAAAUUGGCUACGAGAUUAUGCUUGAGACCGGAACCGGAUCUCCGCCUAUAAUCGAGUCUGCUUCGUAUAUUAAUUAGUUUGGAGGUGUGACCUGUUUAGGUAUCUUGCUGCAACGCCAGCAGUUGUAUCCCCCUGUGAUGCACGGUCGUUAAAGUGGCUUAUAGCUGGGAUAAGAUUGAAGAAUUGCUCGUGUAUGACGCGAUGCUGCGUUUGAGCUUGCCUCCCGGAGACCUAGCGGAGGAUCUAGCGGAGGAUGUAGCGGACCUAGCGGAGGGCGAUAAAAUUCAAUGGUUGGCGGGCGCAGGGGACAAAGCGUGGUCAAUCUUUUCUCUGGACGUCGAUGCCCUACCAAUGACCGACGGUGAUGGAGGAGGACAUCGUAGCGCAGAUUUUUAUGUCGCGUUGCAGUACCUGCUGCAGACCCUAUUCGAUGGGUUGGGCGCUUUCAGAAAGGAGCUCAGAGAACCCAAUUCGCUGAUACACAGCCACAUUUCGUGUGUGCAAGAAGAUAAGCGAUUUUUUAAGUGGUUCACAAAGCAGGUAGGGGCAGCGAUCGAGACUGCGCCAAGGCCGGCAGUGGUCAAGGCUGCGACAGCAAAUGGCAAAAAUGGAGACGAUGAUGACGAUGAUGCUUAA